GCCGCGGCGGAAGCGGAAGCGCGCGGCGGCGGGGCCCGCGUCCUGAGGCAUCGGGAUGCUGUUCUCUCUGCGGGAGGCGGUGCAGUGGCUGGGCCUGGCGCCCUUCGAGCUGCUCCUGCAGGGGCUGGCGCUGCUGGCGGCGUCGGCGCUGGUGGCGCUGAAGGCGGACGGCGGGGCGGCGGCGGCGGGGCUGAGCUGGUGGGGCGCGCUGGGCCCGCUCUUCGCCGCCGACGGGCUCUGCACCUACUUCACGGCCAUCGUCUCGGUGCGCCUCUUCCAGGACGGCGAGAAGCGGCUGGCCGUGCUGCGCCUCUUCUGGGUGCUCACCCUCCUCAGCCUCAAGUUCGUCUUCGAGAUGCUGCUCUGCCAGAAGCUGGGCCAGGAGCCCAAGCCCGGCCGCGAGCAGCUCUGGUACGGCCUCAUCAUGGCGCCCGUCUUCAUCCUGCUCCAGCUCCUCAUGAUCCGCGCCUGCAGGAUCUUCUGAGGCUUCGGGGAGGCCUUGGCCUGUGUCGCCGGGUCGAGAGGAGGCGGAGAACAAAGCACGCUUGUAGCUAGGGUCCCUCCUUAUGCAGACAGAGGCAUUGUUAAUGGAACCAGGCCACCAUUUGAGAAGAAAUAUGUCAACUCAUAACUCCAGACUAUGUGGAACUAGGAAUGGAACCAGGCCGCUGUUUAAGAAUAAGCGUAUAAAUAGAUUCUCAUUCCCGUGUUUAUGUUUUCUCACUGGACUUUAGGCCAUAUGGAACCAGACUGCUAUUUGAGAAUAAGCAUGUAAAUAGAUUCUCAUUCUCAUGUUUAUGUAUUCUCACUGGACUUUAGGCCAUAUGGAAACAGAUUGCUAUUUGAGAAUAAGCGUGUAAAUAGAUUCCCAUUCUCAUGUUUUUGUAUUGUCACUGGACUUUAGGCCAUAUGGAACCAGACUGCUAUUUGAGAAUAAGCAUGUAAAUGGAUUCUCAUUCUCAUGUUUAUGUAUUCUCACUGGACUUUAGGCCAUAUGGAACCAGACUGCUAUAUGAGAAUAAGCGUGUAAAUCGAUUCCCAUUCUCAUGUUUAUGUAUUCUUACUGGACUUCAGGCCAUACAACAAGGCAUGGAACCAGACUGCCACUUGAGAAGAAAUAUGUCAACUUAUAGACUCCAGACUAUGUGGAACUAGGAAUGGAACCAGACUGCUAUUUGAGAAUAAGCGUAUAAAUAGAUUCCCAUUCUCAUGUUUUUGUAUUCUCACUGGACUUUAGGCCAUAUGGAACCAGACUGCUAUUUGAGAAUAAGUGUGUAAAUAAAUUCCCAUUCUCAUGUUUAUAUAUUCUCAUUGGACUUCAGGCCAUAUAGAACCAGACCAAUACUAAAUUAAAUUAAGAGGCAUUUGGCUGUGUUGCUGGGUCAAGAGGAGGAGUGGCCUAGGAACAAGGCCUGCUUGCAGACAGGCGUGCGGAUAGGCCCCCUUCCUAUGCAGACAGAGGCAUUGUUGUUGGACCUUGGGCCAAGUACAACAAGGCGUGGAAUCAGACCGCCAUUUGAGAAUAAAUGUGUAGAUGGAUCCACAUUCUUAUGUUAAUACCUGUUUAUGUGUUCUCACCAGACUUCAGGCCAUAUGGAACCAGACCGCUAUUUAAGAAUAUGCGUACAAAUAGAUUCCCAUUGUCAUGUUUAUGUAUUCUCACCAAACUUCAGGUCAUAUGGAACCAGAUCGCUACUUAAUAAAUUAAGAUGCAUUUGGCUGUGUUGCUGGGUCAAGAGGAGGAGUGGCCCAGGAACAAGGCCUGCUUGCGGACAAGCGUGCGGAUAGGGCCCCUUCUUAUGCAGACAGAGGCAUUGUUGAUGGAGCUUGGACCAGUUACUGCAAAGCGUGGAACUAGACUGCCACUUGAGAAGAAAUAUGUCAACUCAUAGACUCCAGAAUAUGUGGUACUAGGAAUGGAACCAGGCUACUAUUUAGGAUUAAGCAUGUAAAUAGAUUCCCAUUCUCAUGCUUAUGUAUGCUCACUAGACUUCAGGCCGUAUGGAACCAGAUUGCUAUUUAAGAAUAUGCGUGUAAAUAAAUUCCCAUUCUCAUGUU